UAAAACUUUUGCACAGUACAGUAUAUUUAUAAUCAGUAUUGGCAUCUACCAUAACACCAGCUGAUGUUCUUCAUAGUGUUUUAUCUUCUGUUUAUCUAGCAUCCAUGUCCCAAAAUCAGAAGGAGUUGCUAGGUUUGGGUCGCCUUGAAUACUUGCAAGCCCUAGUCACUGAAUUCCAAGUGACAGAAAGCUCAGAAGCCAAAGAGCAGGUGUUGGCUAAUCUGGCUAAUUUUGCUUAUGACCCCAGAAAUUAUGAAUAUCUUCGGCAGCUCAAGGUCUUGGAUUUGUUUCUGGAUAUGCUCACCGAAGACAAUGAAACUCUUGUGGAAUUUGCACUUGGAGGACUUUGUAACCUCUGCCUGGACAAAAUCAACAAAGACUAUAUACUGGAGGCCGGUGGAGUGGCAGCUGUUGUCAACUGCCUGGCCAGUGCCAACGAAGAGACCGUUCUGUCUGCAGUAACAUCUCUGAUGUACUUGACCACACCCCAGUCUUGCCAAGAGAUCACCACCCUCCCCGUGAUUGAGUGCAUGCUGCGCUUCUCCCUUUCAACCAACAGAAGGCUGCGAAACUUGGCCACUAUUUUCCUUGAGGAUUAUUGCAGCCCCCUUCAGGUGGACAAAGCUAGGACCCUGACCAGGCACACGGCGGUAGGGAUUCCACUGCCCAAGGAUGAAGGCAGCACAGCAGGCAGCCUGGAUGAUCUUCCCUGAAUGAGGAGUAGGAUUCCUUCC